AUGGCUGAAGAAGAAGAACGUUUAAAGCAAUUCCAAGAUGCAAAUAAGAUUGUAUUCGAUCCUAACACUAGACAAGUAUGGGAAAAUCAAGAUAAAGUGGCAGCCUCUUCAGAGAACAAGUUAAAGAGUGAAGAAACAAAUGAGAACCAGGAGGGGAAGGAGGAGGAGGAGGAGGAGGAUGACGAUGCAACAUCCGGUAUAGUUCCAACAUUACAGAAUAUCGUGGCGACAGUCAAUCUAGGAUGUCGUUUAGAUUUAAAAACUGUUGCUUUGCAUGCACGUAAUGCUGAAUUUAAUCCAAAACGUUUUGCUGCCGUUAUCAUGCGUAUCAGAGAACCAAAAACAACAGCAUUGAUAUUUGCAUCAGGUAAGAUGGUUGUCACCGGUGCUAAAAGUGAAGAUGACUCUAAACUAGCCAGUAGAAAAUACGCUAGAAUUAUUCAGAAGAUUGGGUUCGCAGCCAAGUUCACAGAUUUCAAAAUACAAAAUAUCGUUGGUUCUUGUGAUGUCAAAUUUCCAAUACGUUUGGAAGGUCUAGCGUUCAGCCAUGGUACUUUCUCAUCUUAUGAACCUGAAUUAUUCCCGGGUCUGAUUUACAGAAUGGUGAAACCUAAGAUCGUUCUGUUGGUUUUCGUCUCUGGUAAGAUUGUUUUAACAGGUGCAAAACAAAGAGAAGAAAUCUAUCAAGCGUUCGAGGCAAUCUAUCCGGUAUUGAGUGAAUUCAGAAAAAUGUAG